GCGCGGCGGUGAAAUUAUUUAUUGUCUUUUUCAACUCGAUUGUUGUAUUGUAAUGUGGACGUGACUGGUGACUUGUUAUUUCUUACCCUGUUAUCUUUCGUCUUGUGGAACUUUUGGUGUUCACCCCCAGCUCCCUGACAGGUUAAACACGACAGGGCACUUAUCAUUUCGAAACUGUCAUGGCGGACGAUCGAGAUCUGAGGGAACUCCAAGAUAAAUGCGGGAUCUUUGCUUGUGUGGCGGCGAAAGGUGUUUCCCCCGAAGAAGCUGAUGUCGCCAAUGUGAUCUGCCUUGGAUUGGUCGGGCUACAGCAUCGUGGCCAAGAAAGUGCUGGUAUUGUUACAAAUGAUGGAAAUAGAUUCUAUACCAAGAAAGGCAUGGGUAUGGUAUCUAACAUAUUCCAAGAUGGAUGUCUGAAGGAACUGGAGGGCUGCAUGGGAAUAGGCCACACUCGCUAUUCUACCGCUGGUAGCUCAGAACUGUUAAAUUGCCAACCAUUUGUUGUGGACACUGUCUUUAGUCAUAUUGCAGUAGCGCACAAUGGGGAGCUUAUAAAUGCUACAUCACUGCGGAAUCGCAUGCUACACCAGGGCAUAGGUCUUUCAACUGGGAGUGACACUGAAGUAAUAACUCAACUGCUAACUACCAGACCCUCAUGUGGGGAACCAAAUGGCGCUGACUGGGUGGCAAGGAUUAAAUACCUAAUGAAGCAAACACAGUGUGCCUACAGUCUAGCCAUCAUGAACAAGGACUCAGUAUUUGUUGUGCGUGAUCCUUAUGGCAAUAGACCACUGUGUAUAGGAAUGUUAAAAAAGUCUGUAAGCUCCUUAAACCAUGAACUCAAGCGAUUUAACAGCCUUACCAACAUUGAGAGCAAGAUCAAUGAAGAAGAUGAUGUCUUAGCGUGGGUUGCAUCGUCUGAGUCCUGCAGCUUCCCAUCCAUUGGGGCAGUACUAAUGCACGAAGUAGCACCAGGAGAGAUUGUCCAGCUAACCCCCUCUGGGCCUAAGUCUCUAGCCAUCGUGCCUCCAGAGAGAGACAACUACCCUGCUUUCUGUAUCUUUGAGUACGUCUACUUUGCCAGAGCAGAUAGCAUGUUUGAAGGUCAAAUGGUUUACACAGUGAGGCAGCGAUGUGGCAAGCAGUUGGCUAUUGAGUCCCCUGUUGAAGCAGACGUUGUCAGUACCAUUCCUGAGUCAGCCACUCCUGCAGCCUUUGGCUUUUCACAGCAGACAGGAAUACCCUACGUGGAAGUUCUCACAAAGAACCGCUAUGUAGGCAGGACUUUUAUACAGCCAUCAAAUCGCCUGCGCCAGCUGAGUGUAAACAAGAAGUUUGGACCUCUGACUGAAAAUUUUCGCGGGAAGAGGGUAGUGCUGUUGGAUGACUCUAUUGUGCGAGGAAAUACAAUCGGACCAAUCAUAAAGCUUUUAAAGCAAGCUGGGGCUGCAGAGGUGCAUGUUCGAAUUGCAUCCCCACCAUUAAAGCACCCGUGUUAUAUGGGCAUCAAUAUCCCAACGCGGGAGGAGCUUGUCGCCAACAAGAUGGACGCAGAGCAGUUAGCAUGGAAGGUGGGUGCCGACAGUUUGGUGUACCUCAGUCUAGAGGGCCUAGAAACUGCUGUACAAUCAGGAAUACAAGAGACCAAGGGACGCAAAGUUGGGCACUGCACGGCCUGCCUCAGUGGCAAGUACCCCGUGGAGCUGGAAUGGUAGAAUGUGAUGUUUAAAGUGCACCUUGCUCAGUUUACUACAAGACAAAGAAAAUGUUGUCAAACCAACUCACAUACAUUGAUGGAUUAAGUAUUGUUUCAUUUUCUUACCAAACAGUACUUCUAUAUGUUUGCUCUAUGCUUUCUGUAAGGCUGCACUUGGAGUAUCCAUGUGUCGUAACGCUCAGUGGUUUAUGGAUAUCAAAUAAAUGAGCAAAUAUGCAUCAAUAAAAACUCCAGAUUGGAAAGUUGUUAGGAAACAGUCAACUGUGUGGUAACCACCAAGCACUGCAGUGCAACCUUUUUUGAAAUAGGUCCCUAUGAAAUUUGCUGACAUAAAUUUUGGCUUAGGGGCAUCACUUUUUUACAGCUUUGUUGUCUGCUAUUAUACACCCUCAUUUUAAAUAUUUGAACAGCCUCUGGCCUCAUGCAUCAUUCUCCAUGAAUAAUAUUUUGUAUUAUGGUUGCUGUAAAAAGAAGAUUACAAGUCAUUUUACAUUUAAAUAAAUCCAAAUAAUUUAUAGUGUUAACUGUAAAACCAUUCACACCCAAAAUAUGCGUGGGAUGUUUAUUGUCUUCUAACCAAUCAGACAAAAAUAUUGAGACACUGAGAUUUGUUGAGAUGUCCCUAGUUUACUGUUAGAAAAUCUUGCAUGUGAUUUGUCAGAAACAACAUUCCAUUCUUAUCUCCACUUUUCAUGGUUUUACUGGUUUGGCAGUAAUAAUUUAUUUGUAAUUGUAAGUGCUUAUAAUACCGCUAUUUGAUAAGCCAACAUUUAAAAUGUCACAGAGACUACUCUGUUGUCACAGGGGCAUUAAGCAUACCACUUCAACCUUGUGAUGGUUUAUUUCCCUGAUUCCACAAAACCUAUGCAGACCACCUAGUUAUUCCACAGCUUGUCUGCAAUUUUCCUAGUCAUACCAAAGCUCAUAUGUUUAAUUCUGUCAAUAGAACAAAGUGUUUUCUGCUCAACCACCAGUAUUGUAUUUUAUGUCACAAUUUAUUUAAACUGAAAUUUGACAAUUGCCAUUUUUUUAUAAUUUCCAUUUUUUUAAUGAAUAGUGUUUAUUAAAGGAUCAGGCAGCUGUAGGUAAACACUACAAAAUAUAAAUAUUUACAAGUAUUUAAUUGUAUUAAAUAUUAAUAAUUUGUUGCUAAAA